UAAAGCACCCUUAUCUACAAUCAGAUGAAGAAAAAUUUAACAUGCUGUGUGAUAUGGGGAAUAAAAUGGAGGUGAAACAUUCACAAGGUCAAAAUUCUCCUACUUCAGACGUUCAUACGCAGUUGCAUGGUUCCACAGAAUGGAUGAAGCGUAUCCAUGAUGAAGUCGUCGAGGAUUUGAUCAACUUUGAAGUAAACAACAGUAUAAGAACUCUAAAGUACAAGUCUACAUGGGCAGGAUGCUUAAGAUUUAUACGAAGCGUUGACCAACAUUGGCAAAAUAAGCCUCGUCCGCAUCUAUCACAUUAUGUGAAGCAAGGCAAUUAUAAAGAGUAUUUCCUACAAGUUUUCCCAGAGCUUCCUCUUCUGGUGCACAAAGUCAUAAGGUCGACUGGCUGGAAAUCCCCUCCAGAUCUGGAAGAACACUUUGCUACUUCUUACGAAAAGAUAUCUUUGCCCUCUUCCAUGAGUGACAACGACUAUGACGACAUUGACAAAACUCCUUCAGCAGUACUUGGCGUAAACGAAUCAAACGAAAGCACUUCGUCACAAAAGUAUUUGGUCCUUGAUACAGGUACAACCCAGGCUAAUAAAGAAGAUAAUGCUAUCAAUCCAUUUACAGUAUAUGGCAAGGAGCGAGGUGUCAAUAAUGGAGAAACAACACGUAAUAAAGAAGAGACAAAAUCUAUAAAGAAUACAAAUGUCUUAAAAGAAGAAACAACAUUUAAUAAAGAAGAGAAAACAUGUGUAGACAUGGAAACUGAUGCCAAGAAUGAAGACAAGACACCCAAAGAAAAAGAGAAAAAAUCUGCAGGCAAGGAGACAAAUGUCAUAAAAGUAGAAACAACAUUUAAUGAAGAAGAGAAAAAAUGUGUAGACAUGGAUACAGAUGCCAAAAAGAAGAAAAGACACCAAAAGAAAAUAAGAAAAAAUCUGCAGGCAAGAAGGAAAAUGUCAAAAUAGAGAAACAACAUCUAAUAAA